CACACCCGGAAGUGUUCGUCUGUGUCGCCGCUUUGUGUUUUCAGAGCACAUCACGAGAAAUAUCAUGCUCGUUUAGACUGAACCGAUGCUUGAAAUGUUUUAAUAUCUAAAGGGCACCAUGAGCGGCACGAGUAAGGAGGUAGUUACACUCCAGCUGGGGCAUUAUUCCAACUUUAUCGGGACGCACUGGUGGAAUUUGCAGGAUGCGGCGCUGGUUUAUGAGUCAGAUUCGCCGGCGGGAGAGCUGCAGAGCGACAUGCUGUUCAGAGAGGGUCUUACUCUCGGUGGACACGUCACAUACACCCCCCGACUCAUUGCCAUGGACCUCAAAGGAAGUCUUCAGACGCUGAGGAAGGAAGGCAGUCUGUAUGACACAGAGAAGGAAAACACCACCUUUUCGUGGGAAGGACAGAUUAUGACCCAUAAAGAAAGUCCUCCCAUCAAAAACGCCUUCCUACAGCAGCUCGACAGUCUGGAUACGGGAGGUUUACUAGCUGAGCCGGAUUUCACGUCUGCAGUGGAUCGCUGCUCAGUGAGCCGCGUGGGAGCGGCUGUCGCCGUGGAGACGGUGAACAGCAGUCUGGAGCGGAUGCUGAAAUCCUAUAGGCUGGAGGGAAGCGUGAGGGUGUGGUCAGAUUUCCUGAGGAUCCACCUACAUCCGCGCACCAUUUCCGUCAUUAACCAGUACAACCAUGAUGGUGAAUCGGAGCGUCUGGAGGUGUUUGGCCAGGGGGAGGCGCUCUUACGUGGGGCGGUGCUGGAAGAUCUGGAGGAUCGGCUGCAUUUCUUCGUGGAGGAGUGCGACUAUCUGCAGGGUUUUCAGGUGUUGUGCGAUCUUGCUGACGGUUUCUCAGGCUUGGGGUCAAAGGUCACAGAGCUGUUGCAGGACUCUUACGGAGGGCGUGGCAUCCUCACCUGGGGCGUGGCACCUGUCACUCACCCAGACACGAGCUCUAUAAAGGACUUGUACCACAUGAUGAACUGUGCGUUAGGAACGCUCCAGAUGGCCAAUCACAGCUCGUUCUUCUGCCCUUUGACCCUGAGAGGCGGGUUAAUGAGACGCCCGCCUCCACCCACAGCCUUCCCGCUGCUCAACUGUGACCCGAUGCUGUGGUAUCACUCCAGCUCGGUUCUGGCUCUGGCGUUGGACUGUAUGACGGCCUCAUACAGAAUGAGACAGAACAGCACACCCAUGUGGCAGUUUUCAGAUGCUCUGGCCGUCUCGGGAAGAAAGGUUGUUUCAGCGUACGGCUCUGUCCCGUUUCCCAUGAUGCACGGGGGCUGUCUCCCGGAUGCUCUGGAUGCGUUCACUGAUGUUUUGCCCUGGAGACCCAUAUCAGCGUGUCCCGAGCUCGGAGGUGGCCACUGUUUUGGCCAGUCAGUGACUCUCAGAGGUUUAGACGGCCAGAGUUUAGUCAGUCAGUUGCGCCCCGGCACGGAGCCGUCCAGCUCUCUGCACUUGGAGCGCUCCGGAGAGGAUGUUCUGGCCGCAUACGUCAGGUUACAUUACCCAUCAACACCACUGGCGGUUCAGCUGCUGUCCGGCGCCAGUAAAGUCAUCCCUCUUCCACAGAUCUUCAGUCCGGCUCUGAGUCCGCAGGGUUUCCUCCAGAACCAGAACCAGUCCGCUGCUGAUUACACUUCCUCUCAGCCGGUGGUGGGUCUUCCUGUGCUGACGUGUCUUCAGUCCAGUCCUGCCGUGGGUCUCCAGCUGUCUGAGCUCCAGAAAGCGUGCGCUGCGCUGGAUCUGCGCCGUGUGGCCCCCAGCUUCCUCUCACACGGCCCCGAGCCCAGCGAGAUCUCCGAGUCCAUGGAGCAGCUCCUCAGCCUCGCGCACUGCUACCGCCACGACCUCUGCCGCUCUUCAUCUGACGAGGAUGACUAGGAGAUCUCCAGCGGACGCUCUUCCUCGGGUCCGAGCUCAGAGCCCGGGUCCGCCCCGAUGCUGCGCUCACAGCUUGCUGCCUCCGGGAAUGAUGGGAUAGGAGCUCACUGAACGCACCCUUCAGAAACAGCUGCAGCAUUUAGAAGAAAGAUGAAGAAACUGUGAGAAGCAAACGUGGCGGAUGUGGUGCCUUCCCCACAUUUGUGCAUGUCUGUGUAUGUUAACCUCAAUGAACCUGCUUUUCUAGCGAUAAACUGUGGAAAUAUGUACAUGUUCCAAUUAAAAAGAAAUAAAUAAAAAAUAAAUAUGUAUAUAUAUAUGAAGAGUUCAGAUGUAAAAGCUUCUAAGUGCCAUUUGAAAUUUUGUUCUAAAAUGAGUUUAUCAGGCACUUUAAUGGCAAUGAAAAGAAUCUAAUUAUUGCCAUUACAGUGAAAUUACUGAACCUAGACAUAGGAUCCUGAUAAAAAUGCUCAUUUUAGAAGAAAAGUUUAAACUGCACUUAAAGGCUUUUGCAUCUGAACUCAUAUAUAUAUAUAUAUAUAUAUAUAAAAUUGGGACAAUUAUUAGUGAGUUACAGGCCUGCUAUACCCUUCAAGAAAGUUAACGGUUAUUAUUUAAAGUGGACAUUGUCCUUCAUCAAUUACUAAAUACAUGUUUCAUGAAACCAUUUUAUUUUGGUUGACUUUUUUUGCCUAAUCUGAAGGAAAUAUACACCUUUAAAAUUAAGUGGGACUAGGUUGUCUUUUUUUCAUUGCACAAUUCAAAAUCAAAUGAAUUCACGAGCUGAAUUGAUAUUUACGUUUCUAUAAGAGCUUGAUUUCUCUCAUCUCUUGAAAUCUCAUUUCUUAUUUUUUCAUAGACAGCGCUGUUUAAAAAUAAGAAAGCCUUUGCCGUCUUACUAAGGAACUUAAAGGAAUAGUUCAUUCAAAAAUUUACUUGCGCUCAAGUUAGUAUGCAGCGGAAAAAACAAUGGAGGUCAAUGGCUACCAGCAACUGCUCGACACCAACAUUCUUCAAAAUAUCUACUUCUAAUAUCAGCAGAAGAAAUGAAGUUAUACAGUACAUGUUUGGAUUCAGAGCAACUUGAGUUGUUUGUGUCUCAUGAAAAACAACGUUUUGGAACACAACGUUCAUAAUUGUGUUUUAGCGAUCUCUGCCAGUCAGCAGUAAAUAUAUGUUUUUUUGCAAGUGACCCAGGUGUUUGAUAUAUGUUUAAUAUUUAAUAUUGAUCUUUACAGAUGGAUCAAGCUUCAUUUUUUCAUGGUGUAUUUUCUCAGUCUGGUGUAUGGUGUACAUCCACCUGGGUCUUUUUACAUUGGAUCAAACAAGGGAUUUUUGCAUUAUCUAAGCCAGCCAGUAUAUUGCAGGAGGUGUGGGGUGCAGGGCAUGUGAAAGCAGACUGCGCAGGACGGAGAUGCCGCUUUUGUGGAUCUGCAGAGCACAUCGGCAGGUGGGGCUUUGGGGACUACA